CGCUCCGCCCGUGCUCAGUGGUUAAGAUGGCGGCAGCAGUGGCGGCGGCGGUAGCAGCGGCAUUGGGGGCGCGGGGCCGCUGGAGGGGGAGGGAACGCCGGAGCCCGUGAAUCGCCCGCAGCCCAGCGGGGGCGGCGGCCGAGACCCUGCACGGGAAGGCCGCUCGGCCGGGUCGGCCGCCGCCGUAGCGAGAGAGCGAGCGAACACCGGGCGGGGAGCCCCGAGGCCGGAGCCGAGAAGGGAGGAAUGUGACCGGGGGUCGGCGGGGGCUCGGGAGUACGCGAGCACGGGGAUGGGGCAGCAGGUGGGCCGCGUCGGGGAGGCGCCGGGGCUCCAGCAGCCUCAGCCCCGCGGGAGCCGCGGAAGCAGCGCCGCCAGGCCAGCCGGCCGCAGACGGGACCCGGCGGGGCGCACAGAGGAGGCCGGCUUCAAUAUCUUCACCCAGCACGAAGCCCUGCACCGUCCCUAUGGGUGUGAUGUUGAAUCCCAGGCAUUGAAUGAAGCCAUCAGGUGGAGCUCCAAGGAGAAUUUGCUUGGAGCCACUGAAAGUGACCCCAAUCUUUUUGUUGCACUUUAUGAUUUUGUUGCAAGUGGUGACAACACACUCAGCAUCACCAAAGGUGAGAAGCUACGAGUGCUAGGUUACAACCAGAACGGUGAGUGGAGUGAGGUACGCUCUAAGAAUGGGCAAGGGUGGGUACCAAGCAACUACAUCACCCCAGUAAACAGCCUGGAGAAGCAUUCCUGGUACCAUGGACCAGUGUCCCGAAGUGCAGCAGAAUAUCUGCUUAGCAGCCUUAUCAACGGCAGUUUCCUUGUUCGGGAAAGUGAGAGCAGCCCAGGGCAAUUAUCCAUCUCGCUUAGGUACGAGGGACGCGUAUACCACUACAGGAUCAAUACCACCACAGAUGGAAAGGUAUAUGUGACAGCAGAAAGCCGAUUUAGCACUUUGGCAGAGCUUGUUCAUCAUCAUUCAACAGUGGCCGAUGGGCUGGUGACAACCUUGCACUACCCAGCACCAAAGUGCAAUAAGCCUACAGUCUAUGGAGUGUCUCCCAUCCACGAUAAGUGGGAAAUGGAACGGACUGAUAUCACCAUGAAGCACAAACUUGGGGGUGGCCAAUAUGGUGAGGUAUAUGUUGGCGUCUGGAAGAAAUACAGUCUUACUGUUGCUGUGAAAACGCUUAAGGAAGACACCAUGGAGGUAGAGGAAUUCCUGAAAGAAGCUGCUGUGAUGAAAGAAAUUAAACAUCCUAAUCUAGUUCAGCUACUGGGGGUGUGUACCUUGGAGCCACCUUUCUACAUAGUAACUGAAUACAUGCCAUAUGGAAACCUGCUCGACUACUUGCGGGAAUGCAACCGGGAAGAAGUCAGCGCCGUGGUUCUGCUCUAUAUGGCAACGCAGAUCUCUUCUGCCAUGGAAUACUUGGAGAAAAAAAACUUCAUUCACAGAGAUUUAGCAGCUCGUAAUUGUUUAGUAGGAGAAAAUCAUGUGGUCAAGGUUGCUGAUUUUGGCUUAAGUAGAUUAAUGACUGGAGACACUUACACUGCUCAUGCUGGAGCCAAAUUUCCUAUCAAAUGGACAGCACCAGAAAGCCUGGCGUACAAUACUUUCUCAAUUAAAUCUGAUGUCUGGGCUUUUGGAGUACUGUUAUGGGAAAUUGCAACCUAUGGUAUGUCACCAUAUCCAGGUAUUGACUUGUCUCAGGUCUAUGACCUAUUGGAGAAAGGCUAUCGCAUGGAGCAGCCCGAAGGGUGUCCCCCAAAGGUCUAUGAACUUAUGAGGGCGUGCUGGAAGUGGAGUCCAUCUGACAGACCAUCUUUUGCUGAGACUCAUCAAGCUUUUGAAACUAUGUUUCAUGAUUCUAGCAUAUCAGAAGAGGUAGCUGAGGAGCUUGGGCGAACAGCUUCCUCCUCAUCCAUUGUACCAUACCUGCCUCGAUUACCUUUGCUUCCCUCCAAGACCAGGACCCUGAAGAAGCAGGCAGAAAACAAAGAAAACAUAGAUGGGACCCAAGACUCUGCAGAGCCCUCGGCCUCUAGCUCAGCACCAGGGUUUAUUAGAAGCACACAGCCCCCCAGUGGGUCCCCAGCACUGCCUCGAAAACAGAGGGACAAGUCACCUAGUAGCCUCUUGGAAGAUGCCAAAGAGACAACUUUUACUAGGGACAGAAAGGGAGGCUUCUUCAGCUCCUUCAUGAAGAAGAGAAAUGCUCCAACACCUCCCAAACGCAGCAGCUCCUUUCGUGAAAUGGAAAAUCAGCCUCAUAAGAAAUACGAGCUCACGGGUAACUUCUCAUCUGUUGCUUCCCUGCAGCACACUGAUGGGUUUUCUUUUGUUCCUGCCCAACAAGAGGCCAAUCUGGUUCCCCCCAAGUGCUCUGGGGGGAACUUUGCCCAGAGGAACUUUUGUACUGAGGAUGGUGGUGGUGAUGGCAGUGGUGACGGCAGUGGUGGUGGAGGAGGAGGGGGGAGUGGAAGCACUGGUGGUGGGUGGUCAGGCAUCACUGGCUUCUUUACACCACGCUUAAUCAAAAAGACCUUGGGCUUACGAGCAGGUAAACCUACUGCUGGUGAUGAAGCUUCCAAGCCUUUUCCAAGAUCAAACUCUACAUCUUCCAUGUCUUCAGGGCUUCCAGAGCAGGAUAGGAUGUCAAUGACACUUCCCAGGAACUGCCAGAGGUCCAAAAUCCAACUGGAAAGGACAGUAUCCACCUCUUCUCAGCCAGAGGAGAGCACAGGGAGGUCAAGUGACCUGAUUCCCAAAAAGUUAGAGGAAGGCCCUGCCUUGUCCAGGGAGAGACCAAAAGCCAAACUUUUACCCAGAGGCACCACAGCUCUUCCUCUUCGAGCCCCUUUGGGGGAUGCAGCUGUUAUAGAGAAGGACUCAGUGGGAUCAGGGGCCUCGGUGGUCCCUAAGAGCAAAGAGAAGAAUGGUGCAGUUCGACUUGGGAUGGCAGGAUUGCCAGAGGAUGGAGAAAGGCCGGGUUGGUCGUCUCCAGCCAAGGCUGCGACAGUACUGCCAACCACUCACAACCACAAAGUGCCCGUUCUCAUUUCACCCACUCUGAAGCACGCUCCAGCAGAUGUCCAGCUCAUUGGCACAGACUCUCAGGGGAAUAAAUUCAAGCUCCUAUCUGAGCAUCAGAUCCCGUCCUCUGGAGAUAAGGACCGACCACGACGGGUAAAACCAAAGUGUGCUCCACCUCCACCCCCAGUGAUGAGGCUUUUACAGCACCCACCCACGUGCCCAGACCUCACUGAAGAGCAGAAUACUCUGGUUGGAGGGCAGCUUGGACCAGAAGUGCAUGAAGGUGGAAAAAAGGCAGCGACAGUGACAACACCUGUCAGUGCAAAAGCUGGGAGGCCGGCAAUGCCUCCACCUCAAGUGCCUCUGACCACAGGUUCCACAUCACCUGCAAAAAUGGCCAACGGCACUGCAGGCACCAAAGUGGCGCUGAGAAAGACCAAGCAGGCUGCCGAGAAGAUCUCAGCAGAUAAAAUCAGCAAAGAAGCCCUGCUGGAGUGUGCCGACCUGCUGUCUAGUGCCAUCACAGAACCCAUGCCCAAUAGCCAGCUGGUGGACACCGGACACCAGCUGCUGGACUACUGCUCAGGCUAUGUAGACUGCAUCCCACAGACACGCAACAAGUUUGCCUUCCGGGAAGCUGUGAGCAAACUGGAACUCAGCCUGCAGGAGCUGCAGGUGUCCUCAGCGGCUGCUAACCUUCCUGGAACAAAUCCCGUCCUUAAUAACUUAUUGUCAUGCGUCCAAGAAAUCAGUGACGUGGUUCAGAGGUAGCUACUGCCAAACUGGUUGGAAGAAACGCUUGCUGGGGAUGGGCAUGGGGAUGGGAAAGGGACUCGUUUUUCCUGUGUUCUUGCUUUCAAAAAAUGAAAGACCGAUACUUGAGAGAGUUCAUGUGAAGCACCUCAGAUCACUGAGUUCUCACGUUUACAGAUUCAUCUCAGAAGUUACAAACACACACAGUGCAGGGAGGGGAAGAUGGGAGGAUGUGGUGAUGGGCAGAGGAGAGGCUGGAUGGGGCCUGUUAGGAAUCACUUGGGAUCAUAGGCGUUUGUGUGCUGCCCUGGAGAGAGGAGGCCGACCCACUUCUCCUGGGGUGGAAGGGCUUGGCCCUCCCAGGCAGAGGCAGGGAGCUUCCCCUUAAGGAGCAGCCGUGGGAGGCUCAGACCCCUCACUGUACAGGCAGAAGGGGAAAGGCCCUGGCUCUCUUGUCCUACAGUUGGAGUCCUCUUGGCACCAACCCCAAGGUGGCACUGGCCAGGCCAGGAGGGAGGGAGAGGGGAUGCCCCAGAAAGCAUCUCUGGGCUCUUCCAUGGUAUCAUUGCUGCUGUCAUCACAACUGCAAAAUAGGUUUUAGAUGCUCUUGCGUAUGGGGUUCUCUACCCCCCCCCCCCCCCAAUCCCCAUUUUGUAUUUCUGUUGUUUCCAAGGGAGCAGCACCAGGGAGUGUAACCAGGAUCACCUCAGCAUGGACAACUUUUCUUUGUUUGUCCCAGGUGUUAGCUGGCACUCACUGAUGCUGCAGAGCUGCCACCCUGCCAGGCACCAUCAGCAAGUGGGGCAUCGUUUGACCCAGUGGUGAUUUCUUCCAGUCCUGGCUGGGCGAGGUGCCCUCCACAUUCUUUAUUAGCAUUCAGAGUAUUGAUUAACACAAGAACUGGGUGUGUCAGUUGUUGGGCUGCAAACCUCCAGAGGACUUCUCUGCUAUAAGUACCAUGAUGUUCUCUCUCUGUCUCUGUCUCUGUCUAUCUGUCUCUCUCUCUCUCUCUCUCUCUCUCUCUCUCUCUCUCUCUCUCUCUCUCUCUCUCUAUAUAUAUAUAUAUAUAUAUAUAUAUAUAUAUAUAAUGUCUCACACACAAUCACAUUCACAAAUAUUUUUGGCUCAGGUGGAUAAGGGUACCUGAGAUUCUAUUUGGUUUCUUCAGCUUCCUAAUACACUGUUGGGGAGGGAAUAUGUUCAGGAGUGUGAUACAUGUUUUCCUGAAAGCUCACAGUAGUAAUAAUAGCUAAAGUUUAUUUAGUUCUUUGAAAUUUUCCAAAGGACUUUAAACUGUCAGGCCCAUACAUGGAGUUUCUAGCUCCCUCUCUAAAAAUUUGUCUAGAAGAUCAGAGAAAUCACUUUUUUUCCCCCCUAACCCUUCACCUAGGUAGUCUUUCAGAAGGGCUAGUGUGCCAACCUUGAUGAGUGUGAGUCUUCCUAUCCAUGAGUUUUUACUUUCCUGGGACCUUCUAGAUUGAUAAAUGUGCCACCCCCACACCUUAUCCCCAAUCCAAUCAAUACCACCAGAGCCAGUUUUCACUUGUGCUGCUAUAGCAUCUGCCUCUCAUGUUUGUCCUGAUUGAUGGAGCUGUAUGUUUGUAAGAAUCAGAUUGAAAAUGUUUGUCUUAACAUGACAUUUUACCCCACUUAAGGCAUCCAGAACUUCAGGGAACAGUUCUUUCCAGGAAAAUAUUAUUUAGACCCAGAGAAUUUUAGUUGAAAUUAGAACUUAGAAUUUUGCUCUAGAAAAGAUUAUAUUUUCUUCUCAGAUCUAAGUAGGGAAGCUAAUUGGGAAUUAACCAAUAUGCAUCAGAGGGGCAAGAUGUUAUUAUUCCUGUAAGCAGAAGAGCAAUACUUUCUGCUACAUGCUCCAUCCACACUCAUUAGAAUCCUAUUAGGAAUAGAACAGCCAUUUUGCAACUUCUCCCUCCAGCAAAAUAUCACCUUAGUUUUACAAGAUUGGUGUUAAAUGUUCAACAUUUAAGUUUUAUUGCCAUUAUUGAUUAACUGUCACAGGUUUAUUUUUUCUUCUUUUAAAUGAAGAUAACUUAUUUUCUAGGGGAUUAUUAAAAUUGUAUAACUAUCCUUUGAGCUUCUCUACUAAAAGCUUUUUAGUGCAGUGUUUUCUUGGAUAGUUUUUCUUCCUUUUCAUGUUUCAAUACCAACUGUUAAUGAAAUUUAAAGCUGUGUUGAACCCCAAGAAAGAUGUUAGAGCUGUAAGGGGGCACAGUAUUUUGGUUGAAGUUUUAGGUCUUUGACCAGGGUAAAGGAGAGUGAUGUUUUUAAUCAGAAGGAAAGCAAACUGGGUUAAAUACUAUCGGAAAGAGGCAAAGUAUAGGGGAAACAUGAGAGGAAGAAAUAAUGGGUUCUAUUUUUUCUUUCAAAUAUUCACAAAUAAUGUCUUUCUUCACAGCACUUGCCAAUUUAGUACAUGCAAUAUUUGGCUAAGUUAAUUUAAUCUUUUCCUCCUUGAGGCCCACACCUACAUCACACAUUAUAAAAAACAAAACCUGUUAGGGUUGUGUUUUCCUUAGGAAAAGAGAAGCAAUAAUGUUUGGUCCCUGAAUUAAGCUUUUUCCUAACACUGGAGUCAUUUAAGUUUUUCCUUACUAACUCUAUGGUCAUCCUUGAUCAGUGAUGAUCUGUGGUAAAUAGGGAAAGUUAAUGCCCUACUCUGUUACACACUCCACUACAUACUACUAUGUUCUAUUACCCUUACCCUAGGAUUUUAAAUAUAAUGAGCCCGUGAUUGUAUUUGGGAGUCCUAAAGUGACACUAGUUAUGAAGAUCUUCCCUUUGCUUCUACUAGUAAACUUUAACCAAGACCAACAUCUUUUUUAGAAGGAGGAAACAAGUUAAAACUUCAGAGUGAUUAUGCCACUUUUCAGCUUUUACUCUGAACAAAGGUAUGAAGUUAUGGCAGUGUAAUUGUUUCUUUAAAGAAUACUCUUCUUUGGAAGGAUCUUCUUCCAUAAAAGUGCUGAAAAGAAGACUUACAAAAAGACACAUUGCUACUUUUAAGAGUCCUGGAUUUUCCACUGAUGGUUAAUCACUUAUUGAUUAUGCACUUCCUAGACUAGCAAUGACCUUUGUAGCAUGGGCCAACCUGUCCACCCUCCUCCCAGGUGGAUUCUUGGGGACCUCAACCUUGCAAUUUUGGGAGCUCAAGGCUCUAGUCAGACACUGUCAAUUUGUUCUACAAAUAGAACUUAGUUUUUUAGUAUUUUUAUUUUUUUCCCCAAAGCAUUUUGGAUUCAGAACCGUAGAAGACUGUUUCUGGAGAGCUCUAAGAGCCAAUGACUAAAACUAUAGUUUGGUUCCUUCAUCUAGUCUAAGGAGAAGGCAAGGGGAAAAACACAACUAAUAAAUGGCACUGAAAUUCUUUAAGAGUCAGUUAUGUUUUGUUUCUAAUUAGUCAUAUAAGCUUCCACUGCUUGAGUUUAUUUAUGUAUGGGCUUAAAUAUGAUAUGGAUAUUAUGGAUGAUUUCCAAACUGUAUUUCCAUCAGAUACAACAUUGAUCUGUCGACUGCAGCUUGCCUCACUUUAUACAAUAGAUCUUCAUUAAAGGUAAAAUUAAAACUUGUUUACUGCAUUCUAUUUUCCCAUUAACUUUCAUUAUAAUUUUCAGAGAUGUGUGUUUAUGUGAAGGGGAAAAUAACUUUUGCUGGUAUUGGUCCAAAUAUAGACCAUUCUUUUUUUUUUCCUACCCUUGAGGGAAAAAUUAUGGCUUAUAUAAAACUUAUAUGUGGGCUGUAAUUAGUCUCUCUUAGUACCAGAUCCAGUUUAAGUCACAUUGGUCUUCCAGAAGCAUCUCUAACAACUGCUACCCCAUUGGCCUAAACACAUUAAAAUGGGACCCAUGCCAAUUGCACCCAUUUACAAUAUAAGUAUGUAACUGGAAGAAAUAUUUCUCCCUUACCAUGCAACCCUGUUCCUGAAUCCCUUGAGAUAUAGCUUACUAUGAAGCCUAACUCCCUCCCUUUCCUUUUUAGCCCAGGGCCAGAAAGCAUUGCUUAGAGUAGAAGGUAGAAGAUAAUUGUCUCAGUGUGUCCUAACCAAAGAGUUUGCUUUUUGUCCCAAAUCUCUGGCUCUGGAGUUUAAUAUUUGAGAGCAGAAAAGCAAUAGGAAAGAGAGCUAGGUGUACUAUAUCCCCACUUUUGCAGCUGACUUAGGGAGUUGACUUAAGAGUAAAAUCAAAGAAGGAAGCUAUCAGUGAGGAAGGAAGAAGAGGAUUGAUCACCUAUGGUAGCCCACCAUGCUUUAAAAAGCCCAACUUCCCAUAGUUCCUUGCCAUUCUAUUUUCCCACUUUCAUUUAAGUUGCUAUUUAAUAUUUCACAUUUUUGUGUGGCAAAAUCUUAUUUAUUUGCUUUUAGGGAAGAAAACAAUGUAAAUUUCUCCUGAAUAGGUUGGUGAUUAUUGGUAGGACAAUUUUAAAUAAUUAAUGUAUACUUGUGUAUUUUUUUUUUAAUUUACUUUUGGGGUGUGGCAUUUAUGCCAAUAUGGUAAUCGGAUUAAUCCUUAAUCUUCUUGUUCACUUUAAGGAACAUUCUGCCCGUUGGUGAGGUAUAUUCCAUAUGUGUGUAAUCAUGCUGUUAGAGCUGGAAUAUACCUAAGAGAUCAUUCAAACCAACCCCAGUCAUUUUUCAAAUGUAGAAACUAAGACACACAGUAGUUUAUAAUUACUGUCUUAGGAUCAUACUGUGAGUUAAUAGUAUAUCUAGUACUAGGACCAGGUCUCCUGAUUUCUCAUCCAUUGCUUUUUUUUCCAUACACUAUGAUGCCUUACAUGAAAUUUUGCAAUAAUAGUAACUCCCAUUUAUAUAGUACGUUAAGAUUUGUGAAGCACUUUUCCUCAUUACUCUGUGAGGUAGAUCGAGCAGGUUAUUAUAAUACUCCCUUUUACAGAUGUGGAAGCUGAGGUUCUGAGAGAUUAAUUUACCCAUGGUUACACAGUUAAGUGGCUGAGUCAGGCCAUGAACUAAGAUCUCCUGACCCCAAGUUGAAUACUCUCUCCAUUAUACUAUGCAAGAAAGGUUAUUCAAAUAGAUAGUCCAUGUGGUCUAUGGUAAUAUUAUAAAACACUACCAAAGUCCAUUUUAUUGGGAGUUCUCACUGGCUUUUAAAUGUUUAAAUAGUCACAUUGGCUAAAUAAUUGCCCUAAGUAUUAGGUAGAACUCACUAAUUUUUAAAUAAGCAGGUUCAGAAGUCAUGCAAGGAUGCUUUCCUUUUAACCCCCAUCCCCAAGCCCUACAGACCUCAGGCCUUGUAAGCAAAUGUCAAUUUUCAUGUUGAUAGUAAAGUUGUACUCUAUUUUGAGGGGUGGGGGGGUGGGGUCUGGAAAAUGAUCUUAUUUGGAGAAGUAUAGAUAUGGAAAUAAUUACUUCAUUAAACUAAAUAAGUUUGAAACCCAUAAAGAAUAUGUACAGAAUGAGUCUGACCUUAACUCUUGAUCAGCUAAAGUUACCCAAUUUUGAAAAAACUUGGGGCUAACAUUUCUAUUUAUGUUACAUCAGUUUAGAAAACAAUGGUUCCUGUUUUCCUAUUGCUGAAUAGAGAAACUUCUCUGGGUCUUGGUUGUUUUGUUUUGUUUUGUUAAAUAAAAACCCUUACCUUCAGUCUUAGAAUCAAUACUGUGUAUUGGUUCUAAGGCAGAAGAGUGGUAGGCAAGUGACUUGCCCAGGGUCACACAGCUAGGAAGUGUCUGAGGCCAGGUUUGAACCCAGGACCUCUCAUCUCUGGGCCUGGCUCUAAAUCCGCUGAGCCACCUAGCUUCCCCCUCUGGGUCUUGUUUUGAUAAAUUAGGUACCAUCACUUGAACAGCCAACCUAUAUAAACUGAGAAUGCUUAGUAAUCUAAAUGUGGCAAUAAUUUGAUACAAGUUGAUAUUGACUGUGUCCCUUUAAGAUUGUGCCCUGUGUAAAUUUUUAUUUUAAGAACGAUCAUUCUCUUAAUUGGGGAGGAGUAUGUGUGAGGUGCCCUUUCUCAUUAUUUCGUUAUCUGGAGUACAAGUCAUCGCCAAAUAAGUGGUUGAAAAAUGCUUCUUGAGUUUCUUCCCAGGAUUCCUUACAAUGUGUAUAUUUGCCAUUGAUAAGGCAGUCAUUUUUUAGUGUAGUUGAACAUAGUUCUUUACCCCCUUUGAUCCUAAAACACCUAAGAGUAAACUCUGGUAGCCAUAAUUUUGAAUCAUAAUCCUACAUCCUGAAAUCUAUAGUUGAGAACCUCAAGACUUCUACCUCCCUUCCAUUUUUAUUUUUAUUAACUCAUCAGUGUGCCUCCAAGUAACUCAUCAUGGAGUUAACUCAAAAUGAGUCUACACGAUCAUCUGUUCUUUACAUUAUUAUGAUGAUUGUUAUAUUUUUGCUAUUUUGUCACCACAUUUCCCUUCGUUCCAUUCAGAUUUAGACUUUAUACACUAGGCUUCUAUAUGAGUGACAAGGUGGUAAGAGAUACAGCACCAUGACAAAAAAAAUGGACAUCACAUAUCAUAGCGUUUUUUCCCUCCUUUUGGAAGUACAGAUUUAGGUCUCCUCUAGUAAAUGUGUGUGUGGGGGGGGGGGUUCACCAUCUGAACAUGCUUCUUAACAACUUCUAUGACUGCACCUGAGCUAGUUACAAACUGUUAUAACCAUGUGAAAUGCCCAACCUUUUGGAGGAUCAGGACUCCACUGAAAGUGCUCGUUUCCAAGAGCCAGCCUCUAUGAGCUAUACUAGUAUUGGUAGUAAAAGUUCCAGCUUGGGUGGGUGGGACCUCACUGGUCAGAAAAAGAGGUGUAGGCUCUAUCUAAAAUCUCUUCUACUUCACAGUUAUCUGGGACUCAAUUUAGACCAUACAUGGAAGAAGGCUUUAGUUUUUAUAUGUGCAGUUCUAAAAUAAAAUGCAGGUUUUUUCAGUUCAACAUUUUAUGAGGCAGUUGUUCUCUAGAGCCACAGAUGCUCUUCCUAUUCUGUUAGAGCAUAAAUCACCUCAAUUUGCCAUUUGAUGCUCUCUUUCUGAGUGGGAACACUUGGGAGAGUUGUAAUGCCCUUACCUGUUUUUCCUCUCCAGAGCUUCCAGCAAGGGAAUAGCUUGUCCCUGUUUGCUGGAUUCAAGGUAGUUUAGAAAGUACUAUCUUAGGACAGAGGAGAUUUCUGUGUCACUGCUAAUAGGCCUUGAUGCUUUCUGUGUGAAUAACACUGAAAGUAUUGUGCAUUUCUUCAUACUGACAUACUGGUAUGGCAUAUGCUUCAUAACGUAAUCUGUUCCCAAGAUACUUUUCUUGUGUUUGAAUGAAAGUUAAUAAAGGUCCCAACUUGUAAUAAUAGGGGGUCGGGGGAGAACAGAUCUCAUGCUCCUCCUACAAAGGAAAAGGAAGGAGACAUCAGGUUAUAAUAUGUUAAGUUGGUAACAUGGCAAAACAUCUCCAUUAAACCAAAUCCAUGAGAAUGGAUGUUUUGAAUCUCAUAGGAAAAAAUUCUGGCUGCCGUCUUGAUUUUUGCACUAUUGUUGAACCUGUACAACAGAGCUCUUCGUAUUUCUAGUGUGUUCUCCAAACCAUGGUGUUGCUGCCCUUCACUCUUCAGACUGAUUUGUUGGCUGGGGCAAAGGAGUAUGUCACAACUCCCUUCCUCUCCACCGGUGGCCGCAACCCUCCCCCCACCUUACCAGUGCACUGAUUCUGAUUUCUUUGCACCUAUGCUCACUUGUAUAUUUGAAAUUGUUUAAAGCCUUUCCUAUAAAAUGCAUGUCCUUAAAAUAAAGACCACUCCCAUGCUUUGAAACCCCAUGAUAAUGAUAAGAUCCCAGUUAACUAGGCCAAAGGGGAUUGACCCAUCAAAUGUUUUUCAGAACCAUAAGAGCACAAUCCUGUUUUGUGUCCCACUGUACAGGAGUUUGUUGGAGGGUUUUCUUGGACUCGCAUGGUUUUGAAGCAAAAUUAUAAUCCUGUUCUGUGCUUUCUCUAGGAAAAAUUCCCUUAUCUUUCACUAGUGUACAUUAAUGCACACUCCAUGUGUUUCAUUCCAAAUGUGAUCCUCUAGAAGUCAGUAUAGGAAGUUGAGCUGUGCCACACAAGACUUUGAGGUCUCUGAGUACACUACUUUCAAGUGGCUCAUUCUUUAAGAAAGAGCAGAAGAGGUAAGCUUCUAAGAGCUGUCUGACUUAAAAGAGUAAGGUACUGUUCUGUAAAUUCUAUAAAUCUGCUAAACUCUCCUUUGUACUUGAUCUUUCAGUGUAAUAUACAUAGACCAUGUAAAUAUAUACAGUAAAAUCUGGUGUGAUUGGGGUAUUCUGGUCAUAAUGUCUAUAUUUCUAAUACAUUAUUAGAAUUUUCAGAACUCUCAAAAUCAAACAGAUUACAGACUACACUGAAAAUGAUUUAAUUGUUGAUGAUUCAGAAGGCACUUCAGGUACUUGUCAUAGGUAGCAAUGCCUCAAGGUCAUCAUCAUAAACACUAAUCCUUGUACUGUAGAUGCACCAAGUAGCAGUCAAUACGUUUCUAGUUAAUAGAAUGCGAAGAUGAACAAGUUUUCACAAUGUCCUGUUGGGUUAUCGCAGUUUAUUGGUCUGUACUCCAAAAAAGGGCUAAUAGGCAGUCUGGUUUACCUAGAGGAAUAUGGCUUUUUCAAUAGCUGGAAUGAGGCGAGGGAAGCAUUGAUUUAAAGUGAUGGCUGUAUUUUUAAAGAAGCAUCUACCGAAACCUCUGUCUCACAUCUUCCAGCCCUGUGGUGUAUGUGUUUGCCAUUGCUGUACAUGUGAAGGUAAGGAAACCACAUCACAAGAUUUGACUCUUUUCACCUGUAUUAUACAAACAAGGAACUAAGACAGGAAGGAUCAGAGUUCAGGCAGCUAACAAGACAAUUUCUCUUUUGUGGACACAGUCAGAGCAGAUGUCAUCCUGCAUCUAAACCCUAGUGUUUGCCACGAACAACCCAUGUUUUUGCUUAAAGUAUGGUCAGAAACCUGUUGCCUGUUGUGGAUCUGAUACUUUCUUUCCUCCUGCAACCUGAUUCUUUUGGGUAACAUUGGAGAAAACCCUAUCUUAACUGAUACCCACUGGAUAAAAAUGAGGUAGUGGAUCCCAUGGGGAGUGGGGUUCUGUAUAAUGAAACACUUGUUUUUUUUGUUUUGUUUUUUCAGUUUUUUAAAUAAAAUGUUUAUACCAAAGGUCACACUUCCCAGCUGGUAUGUGUUGUGCACAAAGAGCAAUGAUUCAGAUCAUUUCAGCACAGUUUAUAUCGUUAGUGAAUACAGUGGAGAAAAUAUUGGAUUAAAUUGAAAACACGUUAAUCACAGAUUACAUUACCAGUGUUGUUGAUUGUUUUUUAAUUGUUAUUGUAAUAUAUUUUGUUUUUCUAAUUUAAUUUUCUCACUCUGUUGUCUAACUGUGAACUGCUAACAGUGUUAAACUUGAUGUAAAUAAAUGAAGCCCAUGAAGGGGGUUUUCUUUCUGCCUGUUGUUCCACAAGGUUUUGCCAAUUUGCAUUUUGUUUUAAAUAAAGGUUGCAAUAUUUUAUUGGCAAAA